AUGUCUGUUAGCGCCCCAACGAUCAGUGCGGCAAGCCGAGAAGAGCUUGUCGCCUAUGUGAAGCAGCUUCAGCAGCAUUUAAAGGAAGGCGAAGUGAAGUUAAUGCAGAUUGAUAAGCUCGAAGAAGAGGUGGAGACCUUAAAGCAAAAGUUGGAGGAAAAAAACGGUGCAGUGGCUGCGCUAACGGAACAAAGCAAGAUGCUCUCGGAGAUGUUGGUAGCUGACGAGGAGACUAAAAGAAUAUUACUCCUUCAGAUGGAAGAGUCGUGUGUCGGAGGUAAAACAAGAGAGUGUGAUUCCAGCAUUACGGUGUCCCGUGCAUCCAGCGCCCUCCGUGCAGAAAACAAUGCUCAGAUAACCCCAACAGGAUUGAAAAGAGCUGAAGCAAAUGCGGAUAAGGAACGCACUGGCAUGGGGGAGGCCUCUCUAAACCCUACAGCGCUGCGUUCUCGAAACGAUGAGAUUGCAGAAUUGGAGCAGAAAGUACGAGAACUUACGGAAGUAAAUUCAUUUUACACUGCCAUCGUCGAACACCACGACGAGGAGGAAAGAGUGAGAGCAGACGAGGGAUGCUGUUCGACGGCAAUUAAAGCGAAGGUAGAAGGGUCUGUCAAUCUCGAACGCCUUCACGAGCGUAUUGGAAACUUGGAAAGUGAACGAGAUAAUUUGCGCCGCCUGCUACGCCACAACGAGCGCGAGAAGGAAAACCUCAAUAAAGAGCUCCGCGACCUCCGGGAAGAGCUUUCUCGUCUUGAGAUUGACGUGGUCGCUGUGGAGAAGUGGAAAGUGGAAGAAUGUUUUGCACAGUGCCCCGCCCCCGUUAGUUUAGCAAUCCCUGGUUGUGGAGGUUCCCCUGUGCAAGGCGGAGACGCCGUCACAUCACGUACGUUUGCAAAAGUCGUAACGCCGAUACGGUACAAGGGAGACGGGGGUAAGCGGAUCCCAAAGCACCUCAAAAGAGGUCCCUCGGUAAAUGCGGCGAACGAGCAAUACCCACUUCUAACUAGUCCAAGACAGAGUAGAAGUCUGCUCCAGUUUGAUUCGUUGCCUGAAAUACACCUAUUGAACCCAACUAGGCAGGAGCAGAUGUUGCUCGAGAGGGUUGAAUUGUAUCGGAGACACGUUGAAGAGAUGAGUGCUCACGAAGUGGACCGCCAACGGAGCUUUGACGAAAUUGAGCAAGCUCGUGCCGAGCUAUUCACGGAGAUGAAUUUUAAGCUUGAUGAACAACGACGAGAGAUACAACGCUUAAACAAGGAAAUCGCUCUGGUUACGGAAGGCUAUAGCGAGAGUCGGAUUCAAGCAAAGAGAUCCUAUCAUGCAGAAGGUACACCGAAGUCUGCUGAAGUUGAGUCACUUUGCUCCAGUGAAACCAUCUUUGUACCAAAGGGAAGGGCAGCGGAACUUGAAGUUGUGCCAGUAGGAAACGAGAAGAAUGCGCGUAGUGACUCGAAAAACAGUAUCGAAAACAAGGGGGUACCAUCUACAGGGCAGUCCGAAACUGCUAAAAUAAAACAUUCAGGUACGCUGGAAAACAAGCUUUUUGCACCCUUUGAGGAAGGCUGUCCGCUGUCCGGCAGUGAAUGGACAUGGUACCAUAUGGACAUGGUAGAGAAAUAUGAGAGAGUGGAUAUCGCUUACAAAGAGCAGGAAACAUUUGCCGGUAUACUUAUGUGGAACCAAAUCGCCGUGCUUUCGAUCGCGUCAGAACUGAUGACGCGAGCCAGGGGGGCGCAAAGCGAGGUAAGCAGCCUUCAAACCAGGCUAGCCGAAGUACAGGCACUUGUCUCAUCUCUGGAACACCAGAAAGAAAGUCUUGUGGAGGAACUCGGAAGGCUGCGGGAAGCCCACGUGAACGAACCUGAGGAUGGAGGGGAGGGCAGCACUUCGUUUGAUGUCUUGAAAACGAAUCAACAAGUAUUCACCCAAGCAGUGCCCUUGACAGAAGCGUGGGGACCCUUGCUCUGUGUUUGUGAUGCUUACAGUGAAAUCGUGGAAGGGCAGAUUGCAGUGUUAAGAACUCUCUCCGAGGGGGAAGAUGCUACUCGCAUCAAAGGGAGUGAAAUAAAAAUGAACACCGCCAGCGCAGCCCCUCCGUAUCGAGACGUUCACCUUCAAGGGCCGGAAACUGACGCGAACAAACCUUCCGGCCUGGUCGACACUGAUGGUGAUGAGGAGUUUCAAAUGCGUCUCAGAGGGGGGAAUUGGCUGGCUUUCCCUCCAGAUUCUGAUGUCUUUCCCUCCGACAACACAACGAAACUGCAUGAAGCCACUGACGACGGCACCACUGGGUUAGGCCGCGGCAACGCGGAAGCACUCCCCAAAGCGCCACUCGCCACGGGACCGAGCCAAGAAACGUAUCUUAGUGACAAUGCGCACCCACCAUACCGUGCGAAAAGAGAAAUCGGCUGCGGGGUGUGCGCAGAGGCCCACGGCGCACCGGAAGGCCACGUGACGCAAGCUCCCGUCACACAUCAACACCUACAAAGCGGUCCUCUGUCUUGGGGGUCGUUCUCAAAUGCAAUUACUUCCGAGGGGUGUGGAGACGAUGGAACUGGAAGCAGAAACACGGGACAGUUGAAGAAUGCGCUCGAAAAUUUAUUCUGUGACGCAAAUGCUUCGCAACCGGCAACUUACCAAGAGACGCGGGAAGAUAACUCGUGUACAUUUGCCGCGGAGUUUGACCCAUUUGCUUAG